UAUAUAUAAAGUAGCUCUCCAGCAGCCAGGCAUCGUCUGCCACAGCUUCCCGACAAGCACACACGCACUCUCUCCUACCAUGAAACUUGUAAUUCUUGCCUGCCUGGCCGCCAUGGCCGCCGCCGCCCCCCAGCCCCAGGACUCCCCACCUGUGGCCAUCCUCCGCGACGACCGUCAGGACUCCGGCGACGGUAACUUCAACUACGCCUUCGAGGCCGAGAACGGCAUCUCCGUGGAAGCCUCCGGCAGCCCUGGCUCAGAGGGUCAGAGCAACAUCCAGGGCGUGUACAGGUUCCCCCUCGACGACGGCACCGUCGCUGAGGUCCGCUACGUCGCCGACGAGAACGGCUUCAGGCCCGAGUCUCCGCUGCUGCCCACGCCCCACCCUCUCCCCGCCCACGUCCACGAGCUCCUCCGCAUCGCCGAGGACCAGCGCGCCCGGGGCAUCACCUUCGAGUGAACAACGACCACUUCUUCAAAACGAUUAAAUGAAAUUUGUGGUGAACACGACCCACAAUAUAUUACCAUCACCAUCAACAGGACAGCUGUGAUUUCGUUGUGACAUUAAUGGUGGCGGCCAUGAGAGCUUAAGCCAAAUUUAAUUAGAAAUAACAACUUAAUUCAAAAUAAAUUUACGAAUAUAUAC